AUGAGUGAGGAGAUUACAACAAACGAAAAAAAUGAAGUUUUGUUUUUUCAAGAAGAACAACCAGAAGAGUCACACCGAGGAUGGUACAAACAAUUGUCUGUUACUAUUCUUGCUGGGAUAUGUCUUAUUAGUAAUACAUUUUGUAUUGGAUUAUUACAUAAAGAAUUAAAAGGAUAUCUAUGGGUGUUAGUAAUUGGGAUAAUAGAAGGAAUAGUUUUUCUUGGGUAUAGUGGAAUUAAAUUUGUAUUAAGACUUUCUUUUGUUCAGUCAUGUUUAAAAGCAAAUAAGGUCAUAAAAAGGAUAUGUGAUAUUAUGUAUAUUAAUUAUGAUAAUAGUUCAAUAAUAUUUAAACUUCCAAACAUUGAAAAAAUUGUUAAAAAAUAUUGUAUUAAAUUAGAUACCCAUAAUAAAGAAAAUUGUUCACCACUUAGUCAAUUAAAUCAUUUAUUUAGAUUAUUUUGUGAUAAAUAUGAAGGGUAUAUUAAAGCUUUUUCAUUAAUGUUAAUUAUUUGUGGAUUUAUAAUAGUAGUUAUUGAAAUGUUUCUUUAUCAACAGGCUAUUGUAUCAUUCAAUAUAGUUUAUACUCAAGUUUUAGUUUAUUCAAUUGUUUGUAUUAUUAAUAUUUCAUUAGCGUUAUUCUUUCUUUGGAAAGUUAUUUUAGUAGUUAUCUUCUUUAUUCUUCAAGUUAGUUAUGGUUGUGUAAAAGGUAGUUUUAAAGAAGAAGUAAUAAUUUCAAUAUUAUUAUUAUCAAUUAUAACAAUUCCUUUUUGUAAUUCAGUUGUAGCUCUUCAACAUAAAUCUAUUGCAUGUAUUUGGUUUCUUACAAUGGGAAGUUUAAUAAUUACAAUAAUAAUAUUUUGUACUAUUGAAAUAGGAUGGUAUAUUUAUAUUUUUAUACAUCAAAAAGCAUCUCUUACUUCAUUUAUUUUUUCAGAAUUAAAAAAAUUAAAGAAUCAUAUUGUAUCCUUAUCAGUAUUAAUCUUUUGUAUUAUAACUAUUAUAAUUUCUUUUAAUUUAUCAUUACAUAAUAUGUUUUAUAAAUUAAAAUAUCAACACAACCCUUCUUUUUUAAGUACUUUUGAUACUGUAAAUACUAGUUAUGUUAAUGAAGUUAUUAGUUACUGUGAAUUUGAAAAACAUAUUUCCCAAUUGACUUUUGGUAUUGGAGAUUCAAGUUAUUUAAGACAAGAAUAUGCCCAACCUUCAAUUAAAACACCAACAAUUAAUAUGUCAUCAUUAUUUGAUGUAAGUUCAACAACACAAGAUUAUUAUAGAAUGACUAGUUCUGCUAUUCCAAUAAAUGGUAUUGUUUAUUAUCCAACAAAUAUUAAAACUUCUAAUGAAACAAAAAGUGUUGUUAUAAUUCUUGGAAGUGAAAUGGGGAAUUUAAUUGAUUCAGAUAUGGGAUAUGUUUAUCUUCAAGAAAGUUUAGCUGAGAAUGGAAUUGUUAGUAUUUGUCUUGAUCAAGGAUUUCUUGAUAAAGAUGUAAAUGGAAAUUCAAUUAUACCAAAGAAUGGAAUGAGUGUUAAAGAAGGAUAUUUAAAUGCACGUGUUGUUUUAACUAUUCAAACAAUUAAUUAUUUAUUUAAACGAUUAAAUCAAUUCUUUGGACAAAAAUUAAAUUUUGAAAGUAUUGGAAUUAUUGGUGAUAGAGAAGGUGGAGGAGUUGCUAUGAGAAUUCUUAAUACAUUAAGAAUUGGUAAUAUUGAUUUUAUUGAAAAAGAGAAUUUAAAUCAAUUUAAUAUUGAAAGUAUUUUUGUAUUAAAUUGUAAAGAUAUUCCAGUUCAAAAUCCUAUGGUUGGAAUGAAUUCAUAUUUUAUAGAAACAUUACCUGAAUUAUCACCAUAUGACCCUCCUUUAUUGUCUUCAUAUAAUUAUUUUAAUAAAACAGAUAGAGAUGAUAAUAUUUUAUUUAAAUAUAGUGGUAGUUUAAUCAUUGAAAAAGGUAUUGGAGAUUAUUUUAAUAUGAAAUAUCAACAAGCACAAAGUGAUAUAUUGGUUGAUUAUAUUAUUAAAAAUAAUUCUUAUUUAUUAAAAGAAACUGAACUUCGUUGUUUAGUUAAUAAUUAUGUUACAAGUCAUUUUUUAUGUAGUAUGGAUAAUAAAUGUGAUAAUUUGCCUUUACUUAUGGAUUUUAAGAAUGGAAAAUCAAUUAUUCCAAUUGAAAGUGGAUAUUAUAGUACUUUUGAAUCAAAUAAAGAAAUACUUCUUUAUGUAAAUGGAACUAUGUUUGAUAUUUCAAUAGAAAGUAAUGCAACAUAUAAUGGUAAGUUAUAUCAAAAUAUGUAUCAAUCAUUACAUCAAUUACAUGUUUGUGAUUCAGGAAUGAAAUGUGCAUUAAAAUUUGUUAUGAAUAAACCAACAAAUUGCAGUGGAAUUAAAUUUUCAUUUUUUAAAAAUAAUGGAAUAAUUAAUAAAGAAGAACAAGACCCUUCUAAAAUAUACAACCAAUCAAUUAAAGUAACAUCUCUAUCUAAUUCAACAUUUACUUUACCAUCUUUCACAUAUACUAAAAUAUCUGAAAUCGAAAAUAAUGGAGAGAUUUGUGAAAUGUUUUUUGUUCAAACAUAUUAUUUCUCCUUUCCAUUACCAAAUCAAAUUAUUACAAGUUUCACUUUAUAUUUUACAGGAGAAAUUCUUUUGGAUGAUGUUGCAUUAUUUUAUUAA